CGCAAGUUGGGUCACACCCUGUCUAUACUCUGUCUACAGCACAGAUAUCUGUACAUUAAAUUAUUUACUCCUGUUGCAGACCAGUUUUGACUCAAGCAGCCAACAAACGUGUUACAAUUCACUACGGGCAAUCAAGCAAGGACAAUGUUUGCUGCGUUGUUGUCAGAAGUCUCCAUCCGCACCAUCGCAGUGAUGUUGGUCGUUUUCCUUACCCUUCUUGUCUUCUUCAAACGGCGUAAGAACCUCCCACCGUCACCGAGUGGGAGCUGGCCUGUUGUCGGCCACCUGUUGUCCCUCGGCCGAGCGCCCCACCUGAAGCUUACGGAGUGGAGGAAGCAGUAUGGCGACGUGUACAAUGUUCGAAUGGGGAUGGAAGACGUGGUGGUUCUGAACGGCUACCGGGCCAUCAAAGAGGCGCUUGUGGACUACAAGGAUGCUUUUUCCAGCAGGCCAAACAUAUAUAUGACGAAUCUGUUGACUGGCUUUGGAAAAGACAUCGGCCUUGCAAAAUUCAACCAAGCCUACAAAGAAAAACGCAAGUUUGCCUACAGUGCGCUGAGAAACCUGGGAAUGAGAAUGGGACCAGGCAGUAUGGAAGAGAACAUCAGAGAAGAGGCUCGUCAGCUCUGCAUGAAGUUGUCGGAACAAGGGCCGGACGCACAGGCACGUGACAUCGCCGACAACCUGACUGUGUCAAGCGCCAACAUCGUCUGCUCCAUGGUGUUCGGGAAACGCUACGACUACGAUGAUGUCAAGUUUGUGGAACUGACAAAGAUCGUAAACAAAAUGAUAGCCCAGCUAGGAUCGAGUCAGCUGAUGACUGUAUUUCCCUUCCUGCGAUUCAUCCCGGGAGUAAACUCACCAAAGAGGAUUCUUGUCGAAGGCAUUAACGAGGUCCACGUAUUCCUUCGACAAGAAAUUACCAAGCAUCGCGAGACACUGGACAACGAGAAUCCGCGAGACUUCAUCGACCUCCUUCUCAUCGAACUGCAGACCCAAGAUAAGACCGACUGCGUUACAGAGGAGAAUAUUGUGUGGAUAAUCCAAGACAUGUUUUUCGCUGGAAUCGAGACAACGGCCACUACCUUGCGAUGGGGUCUUCUGUACAUGGUUCUGUGUCCCCAGGAGCAGCAGAAGGUGCAAGCUGAGCUGGACAGUGUCCUGGGAACAGGCCAUGACGUGCCCACCCUGGCCCACAGGUCCCAGCUCCCGUAUACCAAGGCUACUGUCAUGGAGAUCCAGCGCAUCAGGGCCAUAGUUCCCCUUAGUAGUCCUCAUGCUCCGAACGAGGACACGACUUUCCGAGGCUAUGACAUCCCAGCAGGAACGCAGGUUCUUCCCAACUUGUGGUCAGCUAAUAUGGACCCGGAGUUUUGGCCGGACCCAGAGAAGUUUGACCCAGGAAGGUUCCUGGAAUCUGACGGCAAGGUGGUUACCAGGCCGGAAUCCUUCAUGCCUUUUUCUACUGGCCGCCGUGUCUGCCUUGGUGAGCAGCUGGCUAAGAUGGAGCUCUUUCUGCUCUUUUCUUCCCUCCUGAAACACUUCACCUUCAAGUUGCCAGAGGGCGCCGCUGCACCUUCGACAGAUGGUUGCAUGGGAAUAACCUUGGUUCCACCAACAAUCAAUAUGUGUAUGAGUCAGCGCUAGUAUGCUCGUUUUAAAGAAAAUUGUGACAAGGAUUGAUAAUACAAAAGUUAACAUGUACUCAGUAAGUAUAUAUAUAUAUCAAGGCCCCCGAGAUAUAUAUACAUAUAUGUUUUUAUAUGUUACAAGCUUUCAAGCUUGACUUUGGCACAAUACCCCGACGCGUUUUUCUCAUUUUUUUGUAUAUCUGCCUUUAAAAUGAUUUUAUUGAGUUUUCUGCCAAUUUUCAGACCAAAACUGUAUAUUUUGGCCAUUGUACCCUGGUGUUACAUCGGAAUUACCUUCAAUUUGGUACAGAGGUGCCUUAACCAUAUGCCCACAUGGGGUCAAUAACAGGUUUGGCAUACAGUACAACAAAAUGCUUAAUUUUUCGAUUUUUGGCCAUUUACAUUUUGGCUCCUGUACCCUGGUUUUACAACCAAUUGAGCUGAAAUCUGGCAUAGAAGUGCACUUUACAUAUGUGCACAUGGAUUCAAUAACACUUUUGGCAUACAGUACAACAAAAUGCGUAAAUGACACUUUUGGCUUCUGUACACUGGUUUUGCAACCAAAUGACCUAAAUUUUGGUACAGGGGUGCACUGGGUAUUCAUUCAAAUGACCCAUGUAUUAAUUUUGGCAUGAACAAUUCAAAACGAUUUUUUGGGUCAUUCUCCGAUGGCCACAGGGUCAAAGACCUCAAGGUCGUUGACCCAAUUUUGAGGCUUUCUCAAUUGCAGAACUGUAUGCCAAUAUAACUUAAUUAAAAAGGUAACCAAUUGCUUAGCCUGAAUCAAUAUCGUGAGAAGGCAGCCAAUCAGCGAGCCUGGUGUUAUCUGGAAGAGUCCAUUGUUACGUGGAGGGGUACAUUUUUUAAAAAUUCAUCUUUGUACUGGGGAUAAUAUGUAAAGUCUUACAGUGGGUGUAUUUUUGGACUGGUCUAUUUUGCAAUUAUACAUGGGGUGUGCUGGAAGAGUCCAUUCUUGCACGGCGGGGGAUUUUUUAAAAUUAAUAUUUUGGACUUUGGUGACUACUAGUAUG